CAGAUAAAUUAUCAAUUGGUAAUCUCAUCUCAAAGAAGUCACAUCAAAUUAUUAUCUAUCACCAUGUCUGUCGAAGCUGUCGCCGCUGCCGCUCCUGCCGUUGCUACACCCAAGAGCAAGAAGGUUGCUGCCAAGAAAACGUCUUCAGUCAAGAAGGUUACCGCCGCUAACCCUACAUUCGCUUCCAUGAUCGCUACCGCUGUGACCGCCUUGAAGGAGAGGAAUGGAUCAUCUCGUCAGGCUAUACUCAAGUACAUUCUCGCUAACUUUAAAGUUGGAGAUGCUGCCAAGGCUCAGGGUCAUGUUCGAAUUGCCCUGAGGAAGAUGAUUGCUGCUAAGAAGAUUGUUGCAGGCGGAGCUGCUGGAAAGAAGGGAUCUGGAUGCUUCAAGCUUCCCGCACCAGUCAAAGCUGAGAAGCCUGCAAAAAAGACUGUCAAGAAACCUGUAGCUAAGAAGGCUGCCAAGAAACCCGCUGUGAAGAAGGUUGCAGCAAAGCCAGCUGCCAAGAAGGCAGUUAAGAAACCCGCCGCUAAGAAGCCGGCUGCGAAGAAACCCACCGCAAAGAAGCCUGCCGCGAAGAAACCCGCCUCAAAGAAGGUUGCUGCUAAGUAGUAGAAUGUAUACAAACUAGUAUUUUAAAGUUUUGAUAUUCAUUCUGAAGAAUCCAUUUGUAAAUAUGAAAAUUUGUACCUGACAAUAAAGUGU